AUGGCCUUAAGUAUGACAGGUAAAUUUAUACAUGUUUAAUUUUUUCCCUGUAGGUUAAAUAUUUAAGAGAUUCAUGUUGAACAUGAUUUUUGAAACAAAUGAUACAGCAUCGAAUCAUUCAGUGUUCUUGUUAUGGUCUAGUUCGUUACGUGGUAAUCUAAGUUAUGAUUGGGAGCACUACUUUUUUUUCUUUUGAAAAUGUGCUCUCCUCUAAUGAAUGGAAUUUCUAGUAUUUUUAAGUCAAUCUCAGAAUGCCAGUGGAGGCUUCAGGUUCUUGUAUUAUAGUGCAGCGUUAAUUCUUACUGCAUGAAACUGUCUUAAAAGAAAAUAUUAGCAAUUUUUCUCGUCAAUGCUGGAUUGCAUAAAAACUUUGCAUGUCUUAUCCGCAUGUCCGAGAGACAUAAAUCACCAUACUGCAUCAUUAUAUGUUGAAACUGAUUGUAAAACAUUUUGUGUGUUACAUAGCUGCUAGGAAGCUAUUUCAUCAGAAUCAAGGACUGAAUCCAGUUCUUAGUCCCAACUAGAGCAGACUCAUUGCUUAAAAGGGACUUAUUAAGUUGACUCUUAUAUAAGUCAUGUUAUUCAAUAGGGCCUUUCUAGAUUUAGCCCCAUGUAUGUAAUUAGGAAAAAAAAUCAGAAUCUGACUUCAGGUUUUUAAAUUUCAGAUAAAAUUUGCUAAAUUGGAAUUUUUCUCCACCUGAAUAAAUUAGUUACAGUUAGAACAAUCCUUAAGUACAGCCUAACAAUAUUCUUUAUUUGAAAGUAAGUGUCGUUCUCAAUGGAACUUACUUCUGGGUAAUUAGGCAUAGCAUUGCAGCAAUCUUUCAAGUUUACAGAACAUAGUUAUGACAGGUAAAUUUAUAUACAGUAGAGUCUCACUUAUCCAACACUCGCUUAUCCAACGUUCUGGAUUAUCCAACACAUUUUGUAGUCAAUGUUUUCAAUACAUCAUGAUAUUUUGGUGCUAAAUUCGUAAAUACAGUAAUUACUACAUAGCAUUACUGUGUAUUGAACUACUUUUUCUGUCAGAUUUGUUGUAUAACAUGAUGUUUUGGUGCUUAAUUUGUAAAAUCAUAACCUAAUUUGAUGUUUAAUAGGCUUUUCCUUAAUCCCUCCUUAUUAUCCAACAUAUUCGCUUAUCCAACAUUCUGCUGGCCCAUUUAUGUUGGAUAAGUGAGACUCUACUGUAUGUUUAUUUUUUCUGAAGAUUUAAAUUAUUUAUGUUGAUUGAGUUUUAAAAUAAAUGCUAGACCACAUUUUGUUGUUGUGUGCCUUUUUCACCAGUUGCAGCUCUAAGGCAUGACAACUUUCUAAACUAACUGAUAUUUGACUAAAAUGCAGUACAGUGCCCGCGUGAGUUAUCCAAAAGAACAUUUGACUUGCAUCAGAAUCCUUUCCAAGCAAAACGAGUAACUUGGACUUCGAAUGAUUAAAUGAUAUCAGGCAUUGUGACUGGGAUUCUUAAAUGACAAAUAUUAGAUACUGCACUUUUGAUAAAAAAGAAAAAAAAAUCUAUAAAAGGAGAUGCGAACAGGAAUUGGAGCUGAACAGUAUAUGGAAAUCAACAGAUUACCAAUUUGUUUUCUUAGAAAGUCCAUGUAUACUAUAAUUCAUCGAUUUUAAGACUCACUAAUUUCACUAUCACCAUCAGAAAAAAGAUCUAGAUCUAUCUAUUUGUCUAUCUAUCUGUCUACCAUAAUUUAAAAUGCACCCCGUUUUUCAGGAUAUUUUUCGGGGGGGGGGGGGGGGAGUGCAUCUUAGAAUCGAUGAAAUGCAGCAUUACCCUUCAGUUGGGGCCAACCAUGAUGUUCUUUUAGUAAUGUGCUUUUGCAUUUUUGUGUUUAUUAUUUUUUAUUUCAUAAUAAAUGGGAUCUUACAUUUUAAAUUAGGCAGUGUCACAUGAAUAAUGAAGGCUUGAUCUACAUCUCCCUGGUGCAGUUUUAAAAUCUCUUUCCCUGUCAUUCUGUCAGUGGGUUUGCUUGUUUGUGAAUUCGAAUUGCAUUGUCUAUGAGGAGAGAAGAAAGGUGAUUGCUCUUGGGAAUUGAGCUGAAUAGUAUGGUUUCUGUGGGAAUAGAACAGGAGUCAAAUCUAGUAUUUCUAAUCCAGAUGAAGAUGCUAACUAUCCUGUUAAAUUAAUUUUUAUUUUAAUUAGAGCAGAUACAGCUAUAUUUAUUGUGUGAUACAAAGUCCUUGUUAGUUAUUGUUGAAGACAGCAUGUUUCUAGAUGGAUCUUUGAGUUGAGAUGGGAAAGCAUUUCCUCUAUUCUUAGUGGCUAUGAUUUCUUUUUUCUCCUGAACACUCUUUGUCAUUUGCUUGUCUGUCCAGUUGCUUCUGUAGACGAUUGGGUUUGACAUUGCAGCAGACAAUUUUCUUGCUCAAGUUAUUAGUUCUGUUAAUUGAGUUGUUGAAAGGACUCCAGUCUGCCCAGUGUUACACAAUUCAGUGUUAGUGUGUGAUAUUCACACAUUCUUUUAUACUAUUACCUUGACUGUGACUGACACAGACCUAGUACUUUGGCAAUAUGCGGAAGAAGUUCAUUAGCCCCAUAGACCACAUUGUCAGCUGUUAACAAAAGAAAAUGUGGUGAUCCAGGAAAGAGAAAGAUGUAAGAGAAGUGAUCCAUGGUACAAGAGAUCUUUAGAACAACUAAACAUGAAUAUAGCAUGAUGAGAAUCAGUGAUUUGUGAAUGAAGAAUGUAGUCUGAGAAAACAGCUAAUGUUAAUUUUUCAUUUACAUUCUACAUUCAUGAUCAUAUUUUAUUUAUAUACCUUUUGCUAUUUAGGUUGUACUGUCUGACUAGUACACAUCUAGGGCAAUGUGCAAUAAAAUUAAAAUUUCUCAUAGCAUUGCUGGAAUGAAUUAUUCCUCUUUAUUAUGCUGUAAGAACUUGAUGGCAGGGCAUUUCUUAAGAGAUUUUACUAGGUGUCCAUUUUCACAUUCAGAAGGUUCAUGACUGCUUCUUGACUGCAUACAAUCCUGACCAUCAGAUUGUGUUUUUUAAUGGAGGAAGUCAGUACAUUUAUGCAGGAAGGACACUUCGCCAUUACUCCACAAAUACCUCAUUGAUAGUGGUGGUAUCAAUAAAUAUAAAUGAGAAAAUAGAAUAAUAACUUAGAUUUUCUAAAUUAUUUUCUCAUUAUCUAUCCAUUGUGCUAAAUGAAGAAAUUUGACCAUUUUGAGUCUUGUUUUAAAUAUCAUUAUGUACUGAGAAGCUAUUUUAUCACACAGUUAAUUUGAAUAUUAAAAUUUAAUAAUAAAAAUUGGAUGAACAUACAACAGAUAUACAAAGAAUGAAAUAGUGUCAAGCGAUAAUGCACACAUGUUCCAAUUCCAAUAUCCCAAGAUUUGAUCUAUUUGAUUUAAACUCGUUCCAUUUUUAUGUAAGUUCUAACAAAUGAUUUGCCCAUUACAAAUUGGUCUUUUGUCAUCCAUAAUUAUAACCCACCAGAUUAUUAUAUCAUAAUGAAGCCCAUAAUUUACAACAUCUGCAACUUUCAGUUAUUCUAUGGUACAUUUUAUUCUAGCUCAGAGUUAAGUUUCCAAACUCAGAGUAAAUUUUGAGCUUGUCCCUAGGUAUGAAGCAGAACCAUAUUGUUACUCUUUCUAUAGAGACAUAAUCUGCAUUAAGUCAACAGAAGAAAUGCUGAAAUACUGUAUAUAGUCCUGGAAAAAAACUUACUCAGAAUUUUCUGUAGUGAAUCUAAAAUAAAUUUAUGUAAAUGAUUUCAGCAAUAUCAAAACUGGUAUGGACAGUAUAGUUAAGAUGCUGUUACAUGACUUAAGAAUUAUGAUAAUUGUAAUUUUCUACAAGGGAGGGACUAUUUAUACAGGAUUUUUUCAUUCCUAAAGGUACUGUAUUUAUUGAAAAGUUGAAAUAAUAUUAACAAUGGUUAUUUUCUCAAUAUUAUAGGUUACUUAUUUGACUUUAAGGGCUAUACAUUAUAGGCCAUAAAUAUUGGGUAAUUACUGGUUGGUCCUGCUGCAGUAUUGUAUUCCGAUGCAUAGGAAUCAGUGGCAGCAAUUCUGGAUAAGUAAUGAUAAGGUGGACAUGUCCUAAGUUAGUGACCAAAUUGAUUGAUCUAAGGAACAGUCUUCUCCUGACAGUGAGAUGAAGCCCAAAAUUUAUCAUGUUUACUCGACAUCUAGAACUGAGCCAACUUAUGUGGAGUCUCCCUGGGUUCACUUUUUCAAUUAUUAUUUCGGCAGGCUUCUGGAAGAACAAUUCUGCUCAUCAAGCCCUAACUCUAUGGGUUAUACAUUUGCAUUUUCUGCUAUUUCUCUUCUGUUCUUCACAUUACGUUUCUUUUCUUAAAUAAAUAUGAAAGUUAUUUUGUUGACAUAGAGAGUUGCCCAAUGCGUGAUGUCUUGGUUUUUAAAAAAAUGAUCACUUCAGCUGUCAAAAAGGUUGUUGCUUUCAUCUUGACAACAACCUUUUAUUCACUUUUGUAGAAGUAGUCAUGCUGUUUCUUGCCAAUGGCUCCCCAGAAACACCAUAUCUGAGCAUUAGGAUCUAUGGAAUAUUUUGACAACUGCAACAGUUCAAUGAAGUUGCAAGGAGCAAAUAAUGCUGAGAAAUUUGACUAUGUGAUGCAGUUCAUGAAUAAGAUGGCUGGAAAUGAAUAUGUUGGGUUUAGUAAUGCCACGUUCCAGUCUGAAAGGGAGAGUGGAGACCGAAACUUUGCAAUAGGAUAUUAUUUGAAAGAGAAAAAGUGUUUUCCCGAGGGAACAGAUAUGGUUGGCAUAUUGGACUUCUACUUUCAGCUUUGCUCCAUAGAAGUGACUUGUGAAUCAGCCAGUGUUAUGGCAGCCACAUUGGCUAAUGGGGGAUUUUGCCCAAUCACUGGUGAGAGAGUCCUGAGUCCCGAAGCUGUUCGCAACACUCUGAGUUUAAUGCAUUCCUGUGGCAUGUAUGACUUUUCAGGACAGUUUGCUUUUCACGUGGGUCUUCCUGCAAAAUCAGGAGUUGCUGGUGGCAUUCUUUUAGUGGUUCCUAACGUUAUGGGUAUGAUGUGCUGGUCACCUCCUUUGGACAAGAUGGGCAAUAGUGUGAAAGGGAUACACUUUUGUCAUGAACUUGUUUCUUUGUGCAAUUUCCAUAACUACGAUAACUUGAGGCACUUUGCAAAGAAGCUUGAUCCUCGGAGAGAAGGCGGUGAUCAGCGGGUGAAAUCCGUAAUUAAUCUCUUGUUUGCUGCCUACACGGGUGAUGUGUCUGCAUUGAGAAGAUUUGCCUUGUCGGGCAUGGAUAUGGAGCAGAGAGACUACGAUUCCCGGACAGCAUUGCAUGUAGCUGCUGCAGAAGGUCACGUCGAGGUAGUUAAAUUUUUGCUGGAAGCCUGCAAAGUGAAUCCUUUCCCCAAAGACAGAUGGAACAACACUCCUAUGGACGAAGCUUUACAUUUUGGACAUCAUGAUGUAUUUAAAAUUCUUCAAGAGUAUCAGGUUCAGUAUACACCUCCAGAUGGUCCUAACAACGGAAAAGAUCAAACUGUACAGAAAAACCUAGAUGGCUUACUAUAACCUUCUUCUGUUCCCAAGAAUCAAAGUUACCUAUUUAAUUGUGGAAAACAUGAUUAUGAAGAGCGUGUGUGUUUCUAUUGGAUAGUGAUGUAUAUUUUCCAGAAGUAUCGCUUUGUUUCAGUGUUUUAAUGGGAGCUUUCUUUAUUGCACGGGACAAAUCUAGUUUCUCUUUCAGAAAAUUCAGGGGAAAAAAACCUUCCUGCGAGUCUCCAUUUAUGAUGUGAGCAAUUAUUACCUCGUGCGACAUGUAAACAGAUAAGAGGAGGAAAAACUUGGCUCUCAUUGGCUUUCUGCACUACUUAAUUUAUUUUUCCAUCCUCCAUGAAGCUUUACUCUGUGGUCAAGAGCUUUUUUGUUCAGUUUUUUAAAAAAAUAUAUAGAUAACUGAAGCUGUCUGGAAAUGUACCCGUGUGUGGAAUUGGGCUGCUAUCAUGUGCCAGUGCAAAUGUGGUCUUGCUAGAUUUCAAGAAUUGUGGCUGAUGUGGAUUUAGUCUGAAUGCACCGAGCGUCAACCUGCACUUAACAUUUUAUUUGUGUCUUUUUAAUUCCUAUGAUACCCGUUGAGAUCAUGCGAUUCUCCAAAAAAGUAUAGACUGAUGACUGUGGUUCACGGUUUACGCUUUUGUUUGGAGUUUUUUUUUUUAUCAGGGAAACUGUUUGAUGGUUUGUUUGACCAAAAAGCAUAGAGGAAUGUAAUCACAUAAUCUUGGAAUAUUAAAAGCGUUGGAAGUGGUUCUUCCAGAUCUUUAUACCUUGUCGGUUCCCCUCCUCCCUUCCCCACACAUCCAACAACCGCUGAUAUUCUUCAGUCGCAGGCACCUGCUGCUCCUACUUGUUUUUUGUUACGUCUUGUACGUAUAUCACAUAACACACCAAAGUGUAUGUUUCUCUUCCCCAUACUUUAAUGAUGGCAGAUGUUCAUUUCAAGGGCAGAACCUGAUGCUCUGAAGAAGUUUUAACAUUUCAGCUGAGCUCAUACUUGGAUAAAGAGGCUUUUACUUCAAAUUCACAGAUGACAAGGGUAAUUUUAAUAGAAUCGAGUUGGAAGAGACCUCAUAGGCCAUCCAGUCCAACCCCUGCCAAGAUGCAGGAAAAUCACAUUCAAAGCACCCCCGACAGAUGGCCAUCCAGCCUCUGCUUAAAAGCACCCAACACACUCCAUGGCAGAGUGUUCCACUGUUGAACAGCUCUCAGUUAGGAAGUUCUUCUUAACAUUCAGGUGGAAUCUCCUUUCCUGUAGUUUGAAGCCGUUGUUCCGUGUCCUAGUCUCCAGGGCAGCAGACAAGCUUUCUCCCUCCUCCCUAUGACUUCCCCUCACAUAUUUAUACAUGGUCCUCAUCAUGUUCUCUCUCAGCCUUCUCUUCUGCAGGCUAAACAUGCCCAGUUCUUUAAGCCGCUCCCCAUAGGGCUUGUUCGCCAGACCCUUGAUCAUUUUAGUUGCCCUCCUCUGGACACAUUCCAGCUUGUCAACAUCUCCCUUAAUAAGGAAAACACGGCAGUAGUCUUAGAUCUACUGAUCGAGAUAGUAGCAGGACAACCUAGAGAGGGGUACACCAGAGUCAUUGUGCUGCUUUCAUUUAAGUGUUUUGGCUUUCAUCUCUUACCUUGGGCUGCUUUUUGAUGGCAGUAAUUUACAAGAUCGUGUAGCAGGCGACGCAUACAAUUGGGCACUGUGUGUGAGUAACAAUACAGUUAGCGUUGGGUUACCAGCUGAACACAUUUAAGGAUAUGUGUACUAGCCGAGUUGAAUCAAAACUUAGAACCAUAGAACCUCUUGAUUAUUUGUCAAAUAAAUAGGUCUAGGGAUAAUUAUUGGUUGAUUUUUUUUCAUGUCAGGAGCAACUGAGAAAAUGCAAGUUGCUUUUAGUGUGAGUUGGUUGUCCGCAAGGACGUUGCCCAGGGGACGGCUGGAUGUUUUACCAUCCUGUGGAAGGCUUCUCUUAUGUCCCUGCAUAGGAAGCUGGAGGUGACAGACAGGAGCUCACCCCACUCUCCGGAUUCGAACUGACCUUUCGAUCCACAAGGGGUUAACCCAUUAUGCCACUGGGGGCUCCAUGGGUUGAAUAAAUAGGGCUAAUAUAUUUUAGGGUGUGAAGUUCCAAUAAACAGCAUCCAUGUACUGACAAGGUUAAUUCUCUGUACAAUCCUCCUCCUGCUAUUUUAGUCGGUUUGAAAUAUUUUUCUGGACUGCCCCAUGAGUGUUCAGCAAUAUUGUCUGAAUAAUGUGACAGACAGGAAAAUAUGUGAUGCCUCUUGGCUUUUUUCUCUCCAUAAUGCACACCCAUGAACACCUGCCCAUUAAACUCUUAGAAUUUCUCCCGGCAUAGAAUCCUAAAGUUAGAAGAGACCUCAUGGGCCAUCCAGUCCAACCCCUUGCCAAGAAGCAGGAAAAUCAUAUUCAAAGCACCCCCCUUUCAACAACUCAAAUGUUUUUGUAGAAUAUAUUUAGCAACCAUUGUUUACUUUAUAACCGAACGCUGCAAAUAAGCAUACAAGUCAAAGCCAUUUAGCCUAAAUAGCUUAAGAGAUUAUGUUGGCCUUUCCCCCCGCACUGCCAGUAUAUAAGACCUACUUUAGCAUCAGCUUCUUCUGCAAAAGUAUUCUUAGCUUUUCCUCAUUAUGAGGAGGUUGUAUUUUGUAAUGUAUAUGUGCCCAGUAGAGGCAGUUCCAUUUCUCUGUGGGUUUAUUUUGGUUAUUUCGCAGUGCUGUUCUUUAUUUCCACUGAAAUGUUUUUACUUAAGAAGCCAGCACCACAUUAUCCAAUUCUGAGGUAUAAUCAUUCAACAACUCUUAGAGCCUCUAAAAUUGAUAAAGCCAGCCAGUGCUCUGUGCACUAAUAUUACAAUGGUCCUGUCUCCUUUUAGAAGUGUUGUCUUUUAGAGCAGGACGGCCCCUGACCGUUUUUAGUGACCUUCUGAGUAAACUGUGACUGACUUUUGGCUUGACAUUUGACAUUCUUUGUUGUAGAAAAUAAACCACAAUGAAUGUAUUUUUUGCUUCUGACAAGUUUCCCAUGAUUUAAUUUAAUCUUAAAUAUUUGAGCUGUACCAGUUCUGAAAGUAAGAUUUAUUUUAAGGAUUACAAAACCAAUGGUGUUGCAUUUUACAACAUGAUAAUAAACAACCAUACCAAAAAAAAAGUUUUUGUCUGGCUUGCUGGUUUGCUCAUCUCCUUUCCUAACCUGUCAUCUUUGUUUCUACAAGAGGAGUGUACUAAAAUAUUCAGAGACAUCAUAAACAUGGAUUUUGUUGAUACCUAUCAUGAAGAUAUGCAUUUGACAGUAAACUGGCUCAGUGUUGCUUUUCUCUUCACAAAACCAUGGAGAAAUGCAGAGCUUGAAAAAGUUGCCUUUUUGGACAUAAUUUGCCUGCUAGCCUAGCUACUUUUUUUCGUGUCAGGAGCAACUUGAGAAACUGCAAGUCACUUCUAGUAUGAGAGAAUUGGCCGUCUGCAAGGAUGUUGCCGAGGGAAUGCCCGGAUGUUUAAUGUUUUACCAUCCUGUGGGAGGCUUCUCUCAUGUCACUGUAUGGGAAGCUGGAGCUCCCCUGGUUCGAACUGCUAAUCUUUCGGUUUAAACCUUUGUGCCAUCAAGGGCUCCAGCCUUGUUGCUGCCUCCUAUGGAUAAAAGCCUAUGCCAGAUGGAAAAUUUUGGGAGAUGUAAUCCAAAACAAUAACCUUUCCAAGUGCUGGGGCAGAAUUAACAUACACUGCAAAGAAGGCAAAAUCCAAGUCAGCAUCCAGAUAUUAUUGGAAUGCAAUACCACUUUGGCUAUGUUAGCUAGGACAAAUGGGAAAUGCAAUCUCACAACUAGAAAUACCACAAGUUGAAACCUGACCUAUAGUACGUCUUAAUAAGCUUGUGUAUACAGUUGGUUGAAAUAUGGAAGAGUCUCGUGUGAACAGCCGUACCCUGAUGUAAUUGGAUUACCUAUCCCCAAGGACUGCAGGCGGAAUCACAGAAAGCUGCACUAAAUACACCUCAUGCACUAAUCUUCUUUGGACUUGCACUGAAGCGUGCAAGAUUGAGCCAUCCCUCCACACGCCAAACGUGCAAUCCCCAUAGUCUGAUGCACACAAUCACAGAAGAACCCAGAGAUUUAUUAGCACAUGAUUCAACAAACAAACCUGCAUGACCACACCUCGACAGGCCCUUCGCUGGCUGCUAGCUUGGCUUGCUUUUAAAGCAGAAAAGGUGCUCCUGCUUGAACUCUGUAGCAACAUCGCUUUGAGCUCUAUUCCUUGUUUUAUUAUCUGAACAUUAUUGGUUACUGCAUCAACAACCAAGGCAAUAAUGUCUUAAGGCCCCAAAAAAGGAAUGAAGCAGUUUAUCCUUUUAAAGGCUUUUGAAAGCAGGAGCCAAAAAAUGCUAGGUCAAGGGAUAUCCAAGAAAAGCUGAGAAUAAGGGGAUGUAUUGGGUUGUUGUAUGUCUUUCGGGCUGUGUGGCAGAGGACAGCUAAUGACUGAACAAAGGAUUUCCCCCAGGCAAGAGACAAAACCUUUCCAAUGCUAAUUAGGGUGAUUAACUGAAACAUUAAUGCUGGCUUC